ACCGAAUAAACACACCAACUAGCCACAGGACACAUUCCACCCUGUUUUACAUCACUUGCCCAGUGACAGUCACUCCGAAGAAUUCAAAAUGGUCAAAAUCACCCCCUUCGAAGUCGAACAAUGGAUGGACCGCUACGAAACCACCCCAGGCGUAAUCAACAUAGCCGAAACUUGUUGCGCCUCCAUCUCCGUCGACGACCUGAUAUCCCUAAACACCGACAAUUCCCCUUCUUCGCCCCUACAGCUCUCCAAGAAGCUGACAUACGGCGACAUCCUCGGCUCCAAGACUCUUCGGCAGCGGGUGGCCUCGCUCCUCAACCGGGACCUGAACCUUUACUCACCAGACUUGGAACCGUUAACCGCCGAGAAUGUGAUCAUCACCCAGGGCGCCAUCGCCGCCAAUUUUUUGGUCUUCUAUACGCUGGUUGGACCGGGGGAUCAUGUCAUCUCUGUGUAUCCUACUUAUCAACAACUUUACUCGGUUCCAGAGAGUUUGGGCGCUGAGGUUUCUCUGUGGAAGUUGAAGGCGGAGAAUGGCUAUGUUCCUGAUGUCGAGGAGCUUGAAGGGUUGGUGAAGAGCAAUACCAAGCUCCUCGUCCUAAACAACCCCAACAACCCAACAGGCGCCACCAUCCCCACUCCAACCCUCCAAUCCAUCCUCGAAUUUUGUGCCUCCCGUAACAUCACCAUCCUCUCCGACGAAGUCUAUUCUCCCCUCUUCCACUCCCUCCCCAACCAGUCCUCCCCAGCACCCCCCUCCAUCCUGUCCUUAUCCCCAUCCCCUUCCCCCUCCUCAUACACAACAAUCUCAACAGGCUCCACCUCCAAAUCGCUCGCCCUCGCCGGCCUUCGUCUCGGCUGGAUCGCCUCCCGCUCUCCCUCCUUCCUCCGCGCCAUCGCUUCUGCCCGCGACUACACGGCCAUCAGCGUCUCGCAGCUGGACGACCAGGUAGCCAGCUACGCGCUUGGUCCUACCGUACUGCCGGCGUUGCUGGAGAGGAAUUUGGAUUUGGCUAGGACGAAUUUGGCGUUGCUGACAGAGUUUGUGGAGGGCAAAUACGGCAAGGUUUGCUCAUGGGUUAGGCCGACGGCGGGGACGACGGCUUUGGUGCAAUUUCGGAAUCUGAGGGAGGGAGGGGAGCCGGUUGAUGAUGCUGCUUUUGUGUUGGAUGUCUUGGACAAGAAGAAUGUCCUGUUUAUGCCUGGCAGUCCUUGCUUUGGCCUUGGGACGGACUUUAAAGGGUGUGUUAGGAUAGGCUAUGCUUGUGAGACUGAGGUGUUGAAAAGGGGUUUGGAACUGUUGGGUCAUUAUGUGGAGGAACACCUGCUCUGAGGAAGGGUAGCUUACAAGCUAGCGGCACUGAUGUUCCUAGAAGCCAGUCAAGCAGGAACUCAUCUUGGAAGCGUACCGAAACAUGGAAGCUUAACACCAGGGGAUUGCUACAGUCUAACAUCCGAACACCACUAGCAUAUACGCAAACCACCAUGCACAGGCCAUAGAGAUCACAUUG